CGCCAACCCUACUGUUGACAUAACCUCAAAAAUUUCUUAUCGAAGACAAGUUUUUAAUUGUGGUUUUUAAAUUCUUAUAAAAUUUUCGAGAUUAUAUAUAUCCGAAAUGCGUAAAACUCCCUGUUUAUUCAGGCAACAUAUCGGUUGGCAUUUUCAGAACCACUGGAAAGUGCAGGGUCGAAGAAGACCGCUCGAUACAGGUAUCGAAAAUAUUCUCAAUGAAAAAGGCAUUCAAGUUGAAAACCCUAGGGAAUUUUUAAAGGAAAAAGUAAUACACGAGAGAGUCGAAGUUGUGGGCUACAAAAAUAAAGUUACACCUCAGGACAAAACUCAUCCGAACUGGCACGACCAACCGCUUUUGACUUUCAAAGAUAACAAUGUCCUGUUAGAGGGACUUCCCCAAGCUAAAAUGCUAACAAAUUCCGUUGAGAUAAAAGAGGGACUGCCUGAAACAGUACAAUUACCCGAAAUUACAAAAGAACUGAACAGAAGGAUCAAAAAAGUGAUUUUAGGAAGUAAAAUUUUCGAUGCUGAGCAAGUCAAGUUGCCUAAGGUAAAAGACCCAGAAAGACCAGCCUGGAACUUUCCAAGAUCCUAUGGAAUCAGUCAGAAUAGAGCUUAUAACUUGUUGUUUAGUAAGCUUUUGAGUGUUAUUGAAAGCUCUUCAGAUCUGGAAUUAGUCAAGCAACGUUAUUUGACAAAUAACGUUAAUUUUUCAUAUUCCUUUGAAAAAAAUGGAGAUCUUGUACAAUUUCAGUUAACUGGAGAUUUUGUUUUGUUAUCAAAAACACCGUUAAAUCCUGUUACAACACAAAGCACGAAAGAAUUUGAUCUCCCUGAUUUAUACCCUAUUAAGCCCACAAUUACAUUGAAUGAAGAGAAUAUUUAUGUGGUUGAAGAUACUUAUCCUGUAAAAAAAGGCUCUCCUGUAUACCAUCCACACACAAUAUUUAUUAAUUUUGACAAGGAAGUAGUGAAGAAUCUAUUUGAGGAAGAAGUAACACAAAGUCAAAUUUACGCAAGAAAUUUGAUCAAAACCUUCACAGCUGCCGCUUCAUAUGCUAAGGCUUUAUACGGGUCGAAUGUUAAGAAUCUUCCAACGCCUGUAACGUUACAAGCUAUCCAGACUGAUGGAAAGACAUUUCAUUUUGGAAUUCUUCAGCUAAAUACCUUGGAUGUUGAUAGUAAAGAAACUAAGAAUGUAUGGUAUCAAACUCCAGGCUUGCCUCUGUUUGAAAAGUGCGGUUAUGACCUGGGAAAGCCGGUUUUAGCAGGUUACAACAAGGAUGUAGUAAGGCAUAUUUUGGCUUUUUAUAAUAGCAAGUAAACAAGAGGUAUUGUAGAGUUUUUUUUUUAAUAAAAAUGUAUAUUUGUUUGUUUAAUA